UUUCGAACGGUCGUCGUUGUUAAGCACCGAACGCAAUUUGGAAGCGUUCUACCGCCAUUAUGGUUGCUUCAGCAGGUUCGAAGAAGCGCAAGGCUGUUACCCGCGAUGUUGAGGAGGAAGCAGGCGCCUUCUCUGGAGACGAAUUGGCUGGAGAUCUGAACGGCGCGCUCUCGGACAGCGCCAAUGAUCUUUCCAGCGACGAGGACUCUGAAGUCGAACUGGUUGAUGAUUUCAGCAGCGAUGAAGAUGAUGAGGGUGAGGAGGAGCUCGACAGCGACGAGAUCCCUUCGGAUGGCGAAGAUGCUGUCAGGAAGUCCGACAAAUCGACUGCAGCUCCCGCGGACGAUGAAAGCUCGAGUGACGAGGCAGAGGUGAAUUUCCGUAUCGAGAAAGAUGCCAAUGGCAACGACCGCUUCGUUUACGACGAGAUCAACCCAGACGACAACUCUGAUUACUCUGACGUCGACGAGGACUCGAACACAAUCGGCAAUAUUCCGUUGUCCUUCUACGAUCAGUACCCUCACAUCGGUUACGACAUUAAUGGAAAGAAGAUCAUGCGUCCUGCUACCGGUGAGGCGCUGGAUGCCCUCCUGGAUAGCAUCGAGAUUCCGAAGGGAUUCACUGGUCUUACCGACCCUUCCACUGGAAAGCCCCUGGAAUUGAGCCAGGACGAGUUGGAACUGCUGCGCAAGGUGCAGAUGAACGAGAUUCCCGAGGAGGGCUACAACCCCUACGAGCCUUUGAUGGAAUGGUUCACCACGGAGAAGGAAGUCAUGCCUUUGAGCGCUGCUCCCGAACCCAAGCGCCGGUUCUUGCCGUCCAAGCACGAAGCCAAGCGGGUCAUGAAGCUCGUCAAGGCGAUCAGAGAAGGUCGCAUCUUGCCUUACAAGCCUCCAUCCGAGCAAGACGAGGAGAACAAGGAUAUUAUCAAAUACGACCUGUGGGCAGACGAGGAGGAGCGGCCCGAUCACAUCAUGCAUAUCCCUGCUCCCAAGCUUCCGCCCCCCGGCUACGAGGAGAGUUACCACCCUCCUCCGGAGUAUAUCCCCGACAACAAGGAGCGCAAGACCUGGGAACAAGCGGACCCCGAAGAUCGAGAGCGCGAGUACUUGCCGACCGAUUUUGGCUCCCUUCGCCGAGUCCCUGGUUACGGCGAGUUUGUCAAGGAGAAAUUCGAGCGUUGCUUGGAUCUUUACUUGGCUCCCCGAGUUCGUCGCAGCAAGCUCAACAUCGACCCCGAGAGUCUACUUCCCAAGCUUCCCAGCCCCGAGGAGCUCAAGCCCUUCCCCUCUAUGUGUGCCACCGUGUUCCGCGGACACAAAGGCCGUGUUCGCUCCCUUUCCGUUGACCCUACUGGAGUUUGGCUGGCGACUGCUGGCGAUGACGGCACUGUUCGUGUCUGGGAGUUGCUCACCGGUCGUCAGCUGUGGAGUGUUCAGCUGAGUGAAGAGGAGGCCGUGAACGUCGUCCGCUGGAGGCCUGGCAAGGAUGCUGUGGUUCUGGCUGCGGCCGCAGGCGACGACCUCUACCUCAUGGUUCCCUCCAUUCUCGACCCCGAGCUGGAGAAGGCCAGUCUGGAAUUCCUCGACGCCGGAUGGGGAUACGCGGCCUCGAAGCCUGCUCCCAGCGCCGCAGAAGAAGGCAAGAAGACACCACCCCAGUGGAUCCGCCCUUCGUCGUCCCUUGCCGACUCUGGCGUCUGCGCCGUCAUUCCUCUUCGCUACGUGGCCAAGUCUAUCUCCUGGCACCGUCGCGGAGACUACUUCGUCACCGUCUGCCCCGGCUCUUCUACUCCUGCUUCUAUGGCUGUUGCUAUCCACACAGUGUCCAAGCACCUGACCCAAUACCCGUUCAGCCGGCGCAUCAAGGGAGGUGGCCCGCCCCAAACCGCGCACUUCCACCCCUCGAAGCCGAUCCUGUUCGUCGCCAACCAGCGCACCGUCCGCGGCUACGAUCUCUCCCGCCAGCUCCUCGUCAAGAUCGUCCAACCCGGUGCCCGCUGGAUCUCCUCCUUCGACAUCCACCCGACCUCCUCCACCGCGUCCGGCGGCGACAACCUCAUCGUCGGAUCCUACGACCGCCGCCUCCUGUGGCACGAUCUCGAGCUCUCGCAGCGCCCCUACAAGACCUUGCGCUACCACCGCAAGGCCAUCCGCGCCGUCAAGUUCCACCCCAGCGGCCGCUACCCGCUGUUUGCCGACGCCAGCGACGACGGCUCCCUGCAGAUCUUCCACGGCAGCGUCACGGGCGACAUGCUCAGCAACGCCAGCAUCGUGCCGCUCAAGGUCCUCAAGGGCCACAAGAUCACGGCCGAACUGGGUGUCCUGGACAUCGACUGGCACCCGCGCGAAGCGUGGUGUGUCAGUGCCGGUGCGGACGGCACGUGCCGUUUAUGGAUGUAAUCGAUCAGCGCAUACUUUGUUGUCGUCUACUGUUUGUUCCCAUCAUCUACAUGAGAGGCGUUCUCGGUGUG